AGCGUAACACUCCUAGAUUGGAUCCUGAGGAGUCAGAAUCCCUCUGGUUUCAGUUACUUGAUUCGUUUUGUGAGCCUUUGUUGGAAUCGUUGAAGGAUGAAAAGGUUUGUCAACAAGAAACACGCAUUGAAACACUCGAGUCAUCGGGUGGUCAAGAGGAUAAAGAGACAUGCAUUAUUAAGUGGAAGAUCUCAAAAUCCCACGAAGGUGCUCAUAUUCUGAGGAAAUUGUUUUCUCUGUUUGUCAAAGAGAUUGUUGAGGGAAUGAUUGGAUACAUUCGCGUUCCUGCUAUCAUGUCUAAGCUCCUCUCUGAUAACGGUAGCCAGGAAUUUGGUAAUUUUAAAGUUACCAUAUUGGGAAUGCUUGGGACAUAUGGUUUUGAGAGAAGAAUACUGGACACUGCUAAAUCAUUGAUUGAGGAUGAUACGUUUUAUACCAUGAGCUUACUCAAAAGGGGGGCUUCUCAUGGUUACUCUCCCCGUAGUCUUCUAUGUUGUCUGUGCAAUUGCCUUCUCACCAAGAACUCUUCCAGCUCUAGCAUUCGGAUUUUCAAUUGUGGUCAUGCAACCCAUCUCCAGUGUGAACUUCAGGAAAAUGAGAUGUCACAUGGGGGCUCAGCUGGAUGCCCUGUUUGUAUGCCUAAGAAGAAAGGUCAGAGGUCUAGAAAUAAGACACUGCUUACAGAUAAUGGGUUAGUGAGCAAGUCCCGAUCAAGACCUCAGCAAUCUCAUGGAACUACUUCUCUGUACCCACAUGAAAGUGAUUCAUUUGAGAAUCCAUAUGGAUAUCAACAAAUUUCAAGGUUCGACAUCUUGACUAAUCUUCAGAAAGACCAGAGAUUGAUCAAGAUAGAAAACAUGCCUCAGUUGAGGCUUGCCCCACCAGCUGUUUAUCAUGAAAAGGUGAAGAAAGGGGUCAAUCUUCUUACAGGUGAAAGUAGCAGUGCUCUUGCAAGAGUAGAAAAACCGAGUAAAAGCAGGCAACUUAGAGAAAUAAAAGUGAAGGGAUCAUCAAUCAGGUUGCCGUUGAAAUCAAAUAUCUUUGGCAACAAGGAGAAGUCGAAUAAGCGGUGAAACAGUUUAGUAUGUUUAUGCACUAAGUGCAUUGAGUUUUUACGGAGGCAGUCUAUCAGCUCAUCACUGCUAUUUUGGAUUUUAAGUGAUCUGCUGCACCAGAGUCGGAAGUUCACAGUUUAACCUUGACCUUUUGUUUUUCCCUUUCUUGAAGAUGAACCUUUACCUUUGUUGUUGUUAUCAUGUAUUGCUGGUGUUCACGUUUGUAAAUUGUUGAUACUAACAGUGGAAAAAUGAGCUCUUCUCAAUGAAUAGUGUGUAGGAUUACAGUAGAUCAAUGCAGUAUUUUCUUUUUGCUUCAACAAAGGUUUUGUAUCUGCGAACUGAUUAUCAUUUUAAUUGCAGUCUUGGAUGGAAAAA